AUUUGUUGCUAUGUGUAGAUGUCUCAUAAAUUCGCGUUGUUGUCAGAAUUGAGAUGACUGGGAUGAAUUACUGAAUGUGACCAUACUCUCUGUGUGUCGUGUAUUGAUGGUGAUCGCAAGUACAGGGGACAGCCUAUAUUACCAUGGAUGACGAUACGGAUGUUUUAAUUGCUGACAACGAAAGGAAUCGCUUUGUCGCUGUUUGGCGGCUUCUCACUGACAGUACAUACAAGAAAUGUGCACUGGGCUUGUGUUUGGGAGUGAUUGGGAUAACUGUGAUAACAUUGGUCGUAGUGUUCGUACCUCGGACGUCUGGCCCAUCAGAGGACCUGUGUCCACCUACCCCCUCGGUUGCUUUCAGCUACAAUUCUCACAGCGCUGAGGGUCCCCUACACUGGAGCCACCUGGCUCCCGGGACACGGUGCUGUGCAGGCUCCUUCCAGUCCCCCAUCAACAUCCAGACCCAGAGCCUUCACUGUAGAGGUUUCACUGCCAUCACCUACCAAGGCAGUCAGACAGGUGCCCUGAAUGGAAACAUCAGUUCAAUGGGCCAAGGUGCUGUUCUCGUCUUCUCUAUGCAACACCAACUAGUGACGAGAGUUCUGCCUGAGGUCACCGAUGACUACGUCCUUGACUCCAUGCACUUCCACUGCCCCUCGGAACAUCACGUUGACGGUAAAGCCAUGCCAGGAGAGUUGCACUUGGUCCACUACAAGAAGCAGUAUGGCAGCAUUGCAGCUGCAGCAGCCAAGCAGGAUGGGUUAGCUGUGAUUGGAAUAUUUCUGGAGUCAGGAUCAUCGUCAAACAACUCGGCAUUCAAUGCGUUCUUGGAUGGGGUACAAAAGCUGAACAAGGCUGGAAAUGGGGUGUCAGUGACCUUGGAUCCACGCCAACUGAUGCCCCCUGGUGGCAAGUUCUACACCUACUUUGGCUCAUUGACAACACCAUCGUGCUCUGAGUCUGUCCGAUGGAUCGUGAUGCAGAAUCCAAUCGUCACUACCCAGGAGAAGGUGCAAAUAUUAAGGACACUCAAAGUCAAGGACGCAGCUCAUCUCUCUGUUCAUGGAAAUGCCAGACCCCUACAGUCACUGAACUCUCGGAGGGUGGACAGCAACACAUGUUAGUUCUAGGAUCACGGCCUACGGCAACAUGGGUUCUACUGACAGCUACACAUGUUAGUUCUAGGAUGUCACGGCCUACGGCAACAUGGGUUCUACUGACAGCAACACAUGUUAGUUCUAGGAUGACACGGCCUACGGCAACAUGGGUUCUACUGACAGCAAGACAUGUUAGU